CUGUUUGGAAUUUUUUGUAUCAAACUAGUGCUAAUUUGGGUAUUAGUUUGGAUACAUCGCCUAACUAGACACCCAGAUGGUGCUUGUUACUGACGAGAUGAAUUCGAAACAUAAAAAAUCACCUUGCCUUGAGGACUCUUGUUUUCAGUCACCUAUUACAACAUGGGAACAGAAACCCAGUGGGUCAAUUCUUUGCCGAAAUACUUCGAGAGAUUUCUGUCGCCGGAUACCACACUAAAGGCCGCCGGACCGACAAAAAACCCCCAUUGGACAGUUUUGAAACAUAAUGUCUAGGAAGUUGUGUUUUAAAUUCUAUUGUGUGAUUGGAACCUGUGGAACAUCGAAUGUUGUGGGUAAUCUGGGAUAGAUUUCUAUCAAUACAGCGCACCAUGACACACCAAACGUCUUAUCAGUCAACACGCUCUAUACGAGCUGAUACCUGUACAAUUCAAGCUACUUGAUGUCUUGUUCGUUGAAUGCCUAUAAAAUCCCCAUUGAUAACCUAACUGUCACCUAUCAGCACCCUUUUCGAGCACAACAUUUCAUUUGCUGAUAAUACUUGUCAAAAUUUUAACAAAGCUUUUAAAUGGGUUGUUGAAGAAGUAAUUGGUUUCAAAGAGUAAUUGCUACCGGAAGAUUAUUCCCAUCCGAUGUCUAAUGUGCAUUUUGAUAGUACGAGCUCGGCUUUCCGAUUUUGCAUUACGUUUCGUUAUCUGUGUCACCCCCGUUUUAUCGAUGCUUCUAUUGUUUAAUGGACCCGGAAUGGCUGUUCGCUUUUUACACAGGAAACUGUUUGUCUAGCUAAUUUAAAACUAAUCUGCUUUAUAACUUUAUGGUGUAACCUCACGGGUUUUUCACAGGCCGCGGGUGCAAAAGGGUAGCUGUUGUAAAAUAAGUUAUUGCUGUCACUAUGGUCGUCGAAUGAUUUGCUUUGAGAUUCAGUGAGUUUACCGUUGAUUAGUGUGCUUGUUUUGUGACAUCAUAACGCAUAGAUGUACUGGGUAGCUGCAUCAGAAACUGAAUCUAGUGGUUGAUCGAUUCACUACACAACAGGUGAACAUGAUGAGUUUGGGACAAUCCGUAUUGAUUAGUGACAAUAAAAUAGCGCGAUAGUACUUAGUAAUGCUUGCGGUUGGAAGUAAAAAGUUCUUCCUGUUGAUAUUGGUGACCUUUGCGGAUUUCGUGGCACUCAAGGUCACGGAUGAUGAUGCCUUUACCGAAGAAACUGGAUCUAGUGGCACAACUGUUGAUCUAUUGAACUAUACGGAUCUUUGUUCAAUGGCUUCGGUUGAAAAUCUAAGGGCGGAUUUAAUCUCUGAAACUGCCGUAGAAGUAAGCUGGACGCUGAACGCCACCCUCCAACAUUGCAUAGAAUUCAUCGAAAUUACCAAUGGAGCCAGCAUUGCCACGGUCAGCAAGGAAUCCAGUUCCUAUACUUUCGUGAAUCUUCCUCAGUGUGAGCAGUUCUUUGCAACUGUUCGGAUUGCAACUUCACAAGGUGCUUUCGGUCCUGCUGAAGAGAUUGCCAUUAAAGUGAUGAAUGUUAGCGUUGAUUAUCGAUCAUGGUUUGAAGCACAAAUCAACUGGGACUUUGUUCCGGAAGCAGUCAACUGCGUGAAAAAUGUCACAGUUAUUGGCGCACGGCUAGAACGAACGGUGAAACCAGACGAGUUUGUGGUAAUUCCGGAGUUGAAAAUGUGUCAUAGUGAGCUUAUCGAGGUACAAGCUUAUUUACGAAACGGACGUACAGUUCGACAAGUCGUUGAAUUAGACAAUCGUCGACACGUGAUGAGCAAUAUUACACUGCAGUUAGACCGCAUUUAUUGGACGUUCCCAACCGAUGGGUUAGAAUGUGUGGAAAAAUUUCGAAUUGUUCAAGUGAUUCCGUUGAAAGACACAUCCACAGAAGAUUACUUCUUUCCGAAUAAAGAAAAUUUAACUACAGAAUUAUCAUACCCGUUACUCGACCCGAUGGAAAAAUGUGCCAAACGUAUCAUUUCCGUUACACCAAUAUACGAGUCCGGAUUCGGUGGAGUGCCAUCUGUGCAAAGUUUCAAAAUGGCAACGAUAGCACCAAUAGAGAUAGAAGAGACGAUCGUUGACAACAAACCGGGACGAAAGGUAGUGUUAAAAUGGCAGAAACCUGCUCUACACGGUGAAUGUGUAAAGGAAUACAGGAUUUCCUAUCCGAACGAAAGUGUUACGCUUGCGCCCAAUGAAAAUAGUGCCACCUUCGACCGUUUGGAUGCCUGUCGAACGUAUCUGUUUACCAUCGAGCUAAUCGAUGUGGAAGGGGAGAUAAGGUCGCAAGUGAUUGAAAGUGUUACCAUCCGGGAGGAACCGAUGGGCAGAGUGCGUCGAUUGGAACUGUAUGAAAGUGAUUCCGGCGAGGUGUGGGUGAGAUGGGAAUUGCCAGACGAAUGGGCAUACUGUGUCGGUUCCUAUCACCUCCAAGUGGUUUAUGAUGUUGAUGCUCUGCGCCAGGAGUAUAAUGUAACCUUCAUUCCGGAAGCUAGAGCAACUUCGGUUCAACUCAAUGUAACAGAUCUGUGCUCCCUGACAUCUCUAAGCAUUACACCGAUUUCUAGGACCGGUUCAAGUGGAAUUACCUCAUCGUUAAGCCUUACCGAUCUCGUUCACGGCCUAGAAACCAAUCAGUUAUCGUCUGAUUCCGUCGCAAUCGAAUGGGCUUCUCUACCAUUCGUAUCGAAAUGUGUAGCUUACUAUUUGAUCUUCCGGGAAGGACUCCCAGAGCCCAUCGCCAAUACCACAUCCAACGUAACAGUCAUCAACAAACUGAAACCAUGCAAGAACUACACGAUUCGUGUCGUUGCGGUUGGACAGAACCGGACUAUGCACUCGCCAGCUGAAGUCACAUUCUUCGUGGAAGCACACAUUUCAGAAGUUCAAAAGGUUACAGCAGCGAACGGUUGGAUUCAGUGGAAACGACCCAUUAGUGGUGCCGAUUGUAUCGCGCAUUACUUGAUCGCUCAAACCGAAACGGAAAGCGGCAUUCUGCUAUCCAAUACUACAGUUGAUGUAGAAUACAUAAAUUUCACGGUAGGACACUAUGCUAAAUCGCUCGAUUUUUGUCCACUUCUUCGAUACACCACUCGAAUAACUCCUGUUUCGUUCAGUGGCGCUUUGGGGGACCCACAUGACAAUACUAGACCACCUCCAAUCCCGGGUCCUGUUAGGGAGGUUAACAUCGACGCCAGUGAGUUUGGGCAACUAACAGUUAGCUGGUUGGCUCCGGAACUGUUCCCAUCAUGCGUUAGUACGUACCGUGUUUCGUACUUGAACAUAAACGCAUCUGUUCCGCCCAAUGAAACGCAGAUUACCAUCACCGGUUUGGAUGCGUGCGUGAAGUACGACAUAACGAUCACUCCUGUGAAUUUCAUUAAUCUCGACGCGGAGUCGGUGACAGUGAAUGCCACCGUAAAAGAGGAACAAAUGAGCGGUGUAAUGGAUCUCGAGCUGUACGAAGUUGAACCUAGGUCUAUGUCUGCCAAAUGGAAACCACCGGAGAAUGGUUCGUUCUGUCUAGCAUCAUAUCGGAUAGUUGCGUGGAUUGAGCUGGAGGACAGCAAACCGGAGCAGUUCUCCAAUAGUACCACUGAACUGUACGUUUCGUUGGGUGAGGUGAUUGCCUGCGCAAAGUAUAGCGUCCAGGUCAUUCCGGUGUCCAUCACUGCCAAGGACGGUAUCAACGAGAUCGCGGAUAUUGUGACUAAGGAGAGAGUAAUCAUGCGGUACCACAUCGAACCGGCGCGUUUGAAAAAUAUGACGGCGCACAGUUUGGAACUGCAGACCGGUCUGACCAGCGAUAAUAACAACAUGUGCUCCCUGAUGUUGAUACGGUUUACCUGCCGGUCGGACCAUGUACCACCGGGAGAAAACACUAAAGUCAUCAUUGGAGAGUCAGCGAUUGACGAUCCAAAUGCGACAUUUUCGGGAUUGGUUACUCCACUGGAACCGUUCAGCGAAUACAACUGUACUGCCAGCAUCUUAAACAUUGCCGGAUGGUCGGAAGAAACGAUUCCUGUCGCAUUUCUAACCGAUGAAGAUUUUCCAGAACAACCGCGAAAUUUGCGUCUGGUCGGUGGCGAUUGUGCGGUUAAUCUCAGUUGGGAUGCGCCGCUGGUGAAAAAUGGAUGCAUCACGCGUUAUCGGAUUCAUAUUCGUUCGGUGGGAGCUGGCUAUCCAACGCCUAGCUAUUGCGUACCAGAUGGGCUGUUAAACGAAACGAUCGACCUGCAUGCAGAUGAAGAUGGGGUUAGAUAUGCGAACUGGAAUGAAGACGAGCUACGUUAUACGAUAAAGAACCUACGACCGUACGUUGACUAUGUUGUGCAGAUAGCGGCAGCUACAAGAGUUGGACUUGGACUAUAUACGGAGAUGGUGUCGGUGACAACGUUACCAGCUGCUUCUGAGCCGGUGUUCGAGUUCACAGAAUUCAAUGUUACCCUGCCGGUGGUGGACGAGCCGUACAACUCAUCGGUGUUCAUUUCCUGGUCAUUACCGUGUCGUUUGAAUGGCCGUUUACGGGGCUUCAUGGGUCAAUUCAUUGGAUUCCGUGACGGGCUGGAGCAUACACUUGACUGGAGCCGCACUAUUGCCCCCGGUGAAAGCACGGCGGAGAAGUAUACAUUCGUGGAACAUCGUUUGGAGCCUGAGUUUCGCUACAAUGUUUCGGUAAUGGUGUUCGUGGAUAAUGUUUCCAACCACAGUGAGCCGAAGUUUUUGUCGUUUGAUUCACCAGCUGGAAUUCCCGAGCUCAAAGAGGACGUCAACUGGGGUACCGUGAACGUGCUGGACGCUCCGAAUCCAACCCGAACGGCUAGGAUAAGUCUAUCGGAUAUCAUUUUCAACUCAAGCUCUGGCAGCAUAAAACACGUGGCCCUACUGCUCUCGGAACGCCACUGCCAGGAGGAUCCAACGCCGAAGAGAAAUCUUUCCAUAGGAUGGCCCGAUUUACCCUCGUGGUUGGAUGUCGCUCCGCUGCGAUGCACCGCACAGUAUCAGACUACUCCGAAACAGUGGAAUCCGGUAUCUGGAUCGCAACCGGUGCUCGUACAGAACCAGACUCGUACUCCAAUGGCUGUUGAUUACGUAAUAGGGAAUGAGAGCUGUCAGGACGGAUCGGAAUAUUGCAAUGGUCCUUUGAAACCCGGCACGGAAUAUGCUUUGAUUGUUAGAAUCUUUACCAACAGUGGCUUCAGCGAUUCGGCGUUGCAGUUCUUCCAAACAGAUUCGCUAAUUCAAUUAACGCUUAUUGUCAGUACCAUCUUAGUGUGCCUUCUGGUGGCAUUUUUCCUUGGAAUCGUUGUCCUUUGGCGCAGCCACAAACUGAUAGUUUCCACACAAAUGGUAGUGCGUUCGCCAAACGAUGAACCAUCGGAUAUUCCACUGAAAAGCUUCUCUGGAAUAUAUGAAGAGUUGAUUCAGUCGAACAGAGAAAAGAUUACGAAGGAGUAUCAAGCCAUCAACUACUUCUCAGAGCAGUUGGUUAAUGAAACGGUUACCUUUUUCGUAGCCAAAGAGAACGAGAAGAAAAAUAGGUAUCUGGGAAUUUUACCGUACGACGGAAACCGCGUUCCGCUCGAUUUCGAUGAUCUUGUGGGUGACGAGGAUGAGGAAGUGAAUGACUACAUCAACGCGUCGUUCAUUGACGGUUACAAGUAUCAGCGGGAGUAUAUCGCUACGCAGGGACCGAAAAAGGAAACGAGUUUCGAUUUUUGGCGUAUGAUUUUGCAGUACGACGUGGAAUCAAUUGUCAUGCUGACGCAAACGGUGGAGAAUGAUAAGAUCAAAUGUUAUCAGUAUUUCCCACGGUUCAAUCAACAGGUGAACUUCCGGGAUGUGUCAGUCAGGUGCACACAGGAGCUCAAUUUGACGUUCUACCAGAAGCGGUUGAUGAUUGUGACGAGGGGUAAGGUAAGCAGAGCAGUAUUCCACUAUCACUUUCUAGUGUGGCCCGAUCACGGUUGUCCUGCCAGUCCAACGGAUUUGAUUAAAUUUAUAAAAAUAAUCCGUUCCGAGCGGAAGAAUCUUGCCCUGCCGGUUGUAGUCCACUGCAGUGCCGGGGUGGGUAGAACAGGAACAUUCAUUGCUUUGGAUAUAAUUCUUCAGCGAAUACAGCAGGAGAAAAAAAUCAACAUCUACGACACGGUGAAGCAAUUACGGCGCCAGCGUGUCAAGAUGGUGCAGACGGCCGAACAGUAUGAUUUCUUGUACCAAAGUUGCCUAGAAUACACCAACAGGAAUAAUCGAAAAAAACCAAAGAUUAGUACUGAUGAGAUUAGCACCGGGAGUAGUCAGAGCAACCGGAAUAAAGUGCCCAACGGAGGUGAACGUCGGCCACGGAUUAAAAUCAAGUUCCCAAAAUAUAUCAACAGUGGAAUUGCCAAUGUUAAAAGUUACGCGCCGGAUGAUGUCGAAAGUAACACCUGAAAUCUGAACUGAAAUUAAAAUGGUUUCCCCAAAGUGACAACAAGUAGACUUAGUACUUUAGGAUACCCUUAUGUUUGUAUGUGAUUAAACAUGUUUGCUAGUCAUUCAAUAA